AUGUAUGCAAAAUGUGGUUGUAUAGAGAUGGCUCAACAUGUCUUCAAUUUGUUGCCUUCUAAGAAUAUCCGUACUUGGAAUGCCUAUAUUGGCGGUCUAGCAAUAAAUGGGCAUGGAAAAGAAGCACUAAAACAAUUUGGAUAUUUGGUUGAAUCUGGUACAAGGCCUAAUGAGGUUACAUUUCUAGCUGUUUUCACGGCUUGCUGCCAUUCUGGCUUGGUUGAUGAAGGUCGUAGCUAUUUCAAUCUGAUGACAAAUCCCCCCUACAAUCUUUCUCCCUUGUUAGAACACUAUGGUUGUAUGGUUGAUUUGCUCUGCAGGGCUGAAUUGGUGGGGGAAGCUAUGGAGUUGAUAAAGAAAAUGCCCAUGCCACCAGAUGUGCAGAUCCUAGGAGCUCUUUUGAGCGCCUCCAAUACAUAUGGAAAUGUCAAAUUAACCCCUACAAUGUUGAAAUCACUUCCAAAUUUUAAAUGCCAAGAGAGUGGUGUAUACGUGCUUCUGUCUAAUCUAUAUGCAACUGAUAAGAAAUGGGCAGAAGUAAGGAAUAUUAGGAGAUUGAUGAAGGAAAAAGGAAUAUCCAAGGCUCCAGGUUCUAGCCUUAUAAGGGUGAAUGGUAAGAGUCAUAAAUUUUUAGUUGGAGAUAACAGCCAUCCUCAAAGUGAGGAUAUUCACAUUCUAUUAAACAUCCUUGCCAAUCAAACCUACCUUGAGGGUUAUAUUGAUACUCUCUCUUGA